AUGUCACUCUGCAGCAUCUGCAACAGUCUUCAAGUCGAUGCUACGACAAACGAAUCACCUGAUGAAACGAAUUGGCCCGGCUCUGAUCGAUUCAAGACGUUUGAAUUGUAUGUUCCCAUGCAAGAAUGGCGUGAGUCGGCCGACGGAGGAUGCCCAACUUGCCGCUUGGUUUGGGACGCCUUACUCUACUUCCACGGCGAAUUGGCCUCGGAGCUUGCAGGGACGACCGUUGAUGAGGACGAACCCGUGAAUAUCAGCCUCAGCGGUAUCCUCGGAGAGACGUUGCUGCUGUCAUUAUACCCGCUCCCCAAGGAGACGCACUUCCCAGGAUUAGAGUUCUUCACGUAUUACAACAGUCAGGCAACAUCUUGGCCGAUUAUCGGUCCGGCGGGAGACAUUGCGCCGUCUCUUAACCUCGAGCGCUGCCUCGAGCUUUGCAAACGCUGGAUUACUGCAUGCGAACAGGAGCAUCCUCAAUGCCAGUCAGACCGCGUCCAACCCCUUCCAACGCGAGUUCUGGACCUCGGCCAACCUGGCUUACCUGUCAAUGUACGUCUGUACGAGCCUCUUCCGAGCUCAAAGGCGUGUUACACAGCUCUCAGCUACUGUUGGGGCAAAGUUCUCAAUCUGACAACCACAAGUUCAAAUUUGGCGCAGCGGAAAGCUGGCAUCUCUUGGGACGGCCUCUCGGAAUCGUUCCGACAUGCCAUUCUGAUAUGUCGUAGUCUCGGGGUGCGCUACAUGUGGAUCGACGCCCUUUGCAUUAUCCAGGACUCGCCGUCAGACUGGGAGAAGGAGGCGGCGCGCAUGGCCGAUGUAUAUGAGAAUGCCUUCUUGACCAUCGCCACCGAUGCGGCUCGGGACCCAACCUGGGGCAUCCUUACCCCUCGGCAUCUGGAAAUGAUCUCUGUGCAAGACGCUAUCGCCAAACCGGACAAGCCUCCAGGGAAGCGCAACUAUGAUGUGCUGAGUGUGCCAAUCAAAGACGACACGGGAGCGGAAUGUAUCAUCCAAGUACGAGAGCCGUUGUUACAUUCCGACAUUGUCUUUCCCCGGACCUAUCACGACGUUAGCUAUCCGCUUCUCACCAGAGCCUGGACGCUGCAAGAACGCUUGCUCGCGCGCCGUACGCUGCACUUCACGGCCUUUGAACUAAUCUGGGAGUGCAAGCAGACGCUCUUCUGCGAAUGCGAUUGCAUUGCGCGCGAGUUUCAUGGACUAGAUGGGCAUAAUGGUCCCAAAGUCUCGUAUGAGAGAGCAAUGAUUCGGCAACGACAAGAGCGCGAGGUCAUGUCUAGACGAGAGGACAGCGACCGCGAUCUCGGCCUAGCCAACCGCCCACGGAUGCUGGAAACGAUCAAGACUUGGACGUUGAUCAUUGGUGGGUACACCGGGCGUAACCUGACGUUCGUCACAGACAAACUACCCGCCAUCGCAGGCCUGGCGCGGCGGUAUGCGGCGCAAGUUCAAGGACCCAGCACCCCACAGCCGCCCGCCACCCACCAGAUUUAUCUCGCCGGCCUGUGGCUAACUGAUCUUCCAUGGCUGCUUUGCUGGCGCGCAUUCCAACGGCGCUUCGCGCAGCGCCCGGCCGAGUACUGCGCGCCGACGUGGUCGUGGGCGUCUCUUGCCACGCCUGUAAUCUGGGACUAUAGCCUCUACGACGCAGCCGCCCAGGUGGAGGUCCUCAACGCAACGACGAUCCCCCAGGGUCUGGACGGCUUUGGAAGGGUGAAAGGAGGCAGCCUCACGUUGACCGGAUACGUGAAGCGAGCAACACUGGACUUUAACGCCUGCCCCAACACUGUCGUCGGCCUGAACAACGAAAACGGUGACCGAAUCUUCUUUGUGCCGGACCAGAAUCCGCCCGACACCAACACGGGUGCCGAUGGCCACGAUGUGUCGAGCGAUCCCGUGUCCAAGUCCGCUCAGCGAAGUGUAUCCUCCAUGAGCCACGGCGACGCCGUCGCGUGUCUGUGGGUGCUCCACAACGUGGUGACGGGGGCCGUUAAUGGACUCGUGCUUGCGGCGCCGGGGAAGACGUCCAUCGAGCGCUCAUUGCGCGAUCAUGCGGCGUCGGGGGCGGAGUUGGCUGCAUUCGAGCGGAUCGGCCUGAUUACCACCAUGUCCCGGAAGUAUCAAAAAGACGAGAUAUCGGCAUUGUCGUGGUUUUCGGGAGCGGAGAAGCAAGCCGUAACCAUUCUCUAA